AUGACAGGAAGUAAAUCACCUGCAGCUUCACAACAACCCAGUGUGAUUCCCUGUGGCUCAGCCCGAGCUUCCGUGUUCCUCUGAGGUGUGUUCACACUCCGCUCGUGUGAUGGUGGUGUGACCCGCUGCCUGUCACCAUGUUGCUCCUGCUCCUCUGCACCGCGGCCCUCGUUUCUCAAACCGCGGCUCGCUACACCGCGAACUGGACGAGCCUGGACGCCCGGCCGCUGCCUGCGUGGUACGAUCAGGCCAAGGUGGGGAUCUUCGUCCACUGGGGGGUCUUCUCCGUCCCCGGCUUUGACAGCGAGUGGUUCUGGUGGCACUGGCAGGGCCAACAGCCCCCGGACCCCAAGUGUGUGAGCUACAUGCGCAGCAACUACCCGCCCGGCUUCAGCUACGCGGAGUUCGCCCCCCAGUUUCGCGCUCAGUUCUUCAACCCGGGGGAGUGGGCGGACAUUUUCAAGGCCUCCGGUGCAAAGUACGUCGUCCUGACGGCCAAACAUCACGAGGGAUUCACUAACUGGGCGUCUCCUUAUUCCUGGAACUGGAACUCCGUGGACACGGGUCCUCACAGAGACCUCGUGGGCGACCUGGCAGACGCAGUGCGCAACAGGUCGUUGCACUAUGGACUCUACAACUCCCUGUACGAGUGGUUCAACCCUCUCUACCUGGCUGACAAGAAGAAUGGAUUUAAAACACAGAAUUUUGUGAUGCAAAAGCUUCUUCCAGAGCUUUAUAACAUGGUCGUAAGGUACAAACCUGAGUUGAUCUGGUCUGAUGGGGACUGGGAAGCACCUGACACCUACUGGAACUCCACCCAGUUCCUGGCCUGGCUCUAUAAUGACAGCCCAGUCAAAGACACCAUCGUGACCAAUGACAGGUGGGGAGCUGGCUGCGCCUGUAAACAUGGCGGCUACUUUAACUGUGAGGACAAGUACACUCCAGGCCAGCUGCCCAAGCACAAGUGGGAGAAGUGCACGUCUGUGGACAAGUUAUCGUGGGGUUACAGGCGGAACAUGAGGCUGAUUGAACUGAUGGACUUACCCUCCAUCAUAAAGGAUAUGGUUCGUACCGUGGCUCUGGGAGGUAACUACCUUCUGAAUGUGGGCCCCACAUCUGACGGGGUGAUCCCUCCUGUGUUUGAAGAGAGGCUCAGAGGUGUAGGGGCCUGGCUGGAUGUCAACGGGGAGGCCAUCUAUGCCUCUAAACCCUGGAGGGUCCAAACGGAGAACAGCACUGGCCAACAGCCAAUCUGGUAUACAUCUAAAGGGACCACCGUCUAUGCCAUCAUGGUAACCAAACCCUCAGAGUCCAUUGUCAAACUGCUGGUACCCAAAACAUCACCAACCACCAAGGUGACCUAUUUGGGGAAUCCAAAGGCCUUACCCUGGUCCCCAGUUGGUCCCAGCUCUGGCCUUAUUGUCCUGCUGCCCCAGCUGCCCUACAGCCCUGGUGAGGCGUGGGUCCUGAAACUGGAAAAUGUCCAUUGAUCCUUAAACACCUGGAGAGUUCAACCUCAGCGAUCUGACUGUGGGUUCCACUUCAUAAACUCAGGUUAUCAUUUUGUAGGGUAAAGGGGAAACUUGUGCACUCGGGUUGAAAGGUUGAAUUUUCCAAAAAUGAAAUAACGGGACACUCCUCUAAGGUGUAAUGUGCCACUGACUUUAAUUGUGCUCUUUUUUUAAAUGAUUCUGAAUGAAGAGGGGAAUCUGUUGUUCACUUUAUAUGAAUUUUAACAGUUGACCUACAAUGCACUUUUAUAUUUUUACUGAUAACUUUUUAAAGGGUGGGAUGAAACAUUUCUUGAUCUGUCUGACGAAUGAUUGUUGCCAGAAAUAUGUGAAAUGUUUAAGAUGAAUUAAAGUACUUUUAUUCAAAAUCCA